AUGGAAUCCGGCAAACAUGCCGAGCCGCAUCACGCCGACUCUGUCCCCGCCGACUACUUUGAUAACGAAGGAUGUGCAGCGCUUACUCGUACCCUAUCUCAGCUUAGCCAAACGCAAAACGACGCUCAAGGGAAACCAACUGGAGAUCACUCUUCUGGGUUGGGAACGCUAGUUGAGAAUGGGGCCGAGGAAGAGAAAUUUGACUUUGCGGAACGUCUUCGUACCGCUCUCGAUCGCAUGGACGAAGAAGGAAUUAAACAUCGUGAACUAGGUGUCGGCUUUGUGGACCUGACUGUUCGCGGCCUGGGUGCAACAGCCAAAUACCAAGAAACAGUUCUCUCUAUGCUCUCUCCUGUACAAUGGAUGCGCAAUCUGAACAACCUGCGCCAUCCACCUGUGAAAGAUAUUCUCAACGGAUUCACCGGAACAGUAAAGAGCGGCGAGAUGUUAUUGGUUGCUCUACCUUCCUUAAGGUACUGGCAAACCAGCGACAAGGGUAUCACCAAGUCUUGGGCGACGUCUCCUAUGACGGAAUGCGCCCCGACCAUCUCGCUAAACACUACAGAGGAGGCAAACGUCGGGUAUUCACCCGAGGACGACACACACUUUCCGUCUCUCUCGGUAAAGAACACUCUCACCGUUGCCGCCAAGAUGCGUACACCCCAGAACCGCGUCUACAACACCACCCGAGCCGAGUUUAUUGAAGGCAUGGUACAAACCUUGGCCACUGUCUUUGGUCUUCGACAUACUUUCAAUACUCCAGUCGGUAAUGAGGCGAUCCGGGGUGUGAGCGGCGGUGAAAAGAAGCGAGUGAGCAUCGCGGAGAUGAUGGCUUCACGAGUACGCAUUGGAUGCUGGGAUAACUCGACUCGGGGACUGGAUUCUAGCACAGCGCUCGAGUUCGUUCGAGCCCUUCGCAUCGCUACUGAUGUUGGCCGCGCGACCACUGUCGUUACCAUCUAUCAGGCGUCCGAGUCUCUUUAUAAGCUCUUUGACAAGGUCUGCGUAAUCUACUCCGGAAAGCAAAUCUACUAUGGUCCAGCCGACCGUGCACGCCAAUACUUCAUCGAUAUGGGUUGGGAACCUGCACCUCGUCAGACCACAUCCGAUUUCCUGGUAGCCGUCACCGAUCCUCUCGCUCGCACACCUCGUGCUGGCUGGGAGAACCGCGUACCUCGCACUGCCGACGAAUUCGUUGCUUACUGGAGCAAGAGCCCCGAGGGACAGGCGAAUCAUACCGAGGCAACCCGCUAUCUCCAAACGCCUGAACAUGACAUUGCUCCCAAGAUCCAACAUUACAAGGAGUCGGCCCGCGCUGAACGAGCAAAGACGGCUCAUCCCAAGAGUUCAUAUACAGUCUCGCUCGCCAUGCAGGUCCGCGGCAUCAUGCUUCGUCGUCUUCAGAUCCUUCGCGGCGAUAUGGCAGCCCAGAUCGUGAUGAACGUGGUGUUCAUGCUUCAGGCGGUUAUCAUGGGUAGUGUGUUCCUCAAGAUGCCGGUGGCUACGAGCGCGUACUUCUCGCGUGGUGGUGUUUUGUUCUUUUCGGUUCUCUUUGGUGCUUUGAGUGGAAUGGCUGAAAUUGCUGCUAUGUAUUCGCAACGUCCGAUUGUGGCAAGGCAUCAAAAGGCCGCUAUGUACCAUCCGUUUGUUGAGGCCCUGGCAUUGACUGUUGUUGAUAUUCCUAUUACAUUUGUUACACAAGUUUUCUUUGGUAUUAUCUUGUAUUGGAUGACGGGUCUUCAAAAGGACGCUGCUAAAUUCUUUAUAUUUUUACUUUUCACUUUCCUAAUGACCCUCACGAUGAAAGCGUUCUUCCGAGCUCUUGCGGCCAGUUUUGCCCGAGAGUCGACAGCGCAAGCUGUCGCAGGUAUUGGCACAUUGAUUCUGGUUCUCUACACCGGUUACACCAUCCCGAAACCCACCAUGAUUGGCGCAUUGAAAUGGCUCACGUAUAUCAACCCCAUUCGCUAUGGUUUCGAGGCGUUGAUCGUGAACGAGUUCCACGGGUUGAAGGGUGAAUGCUCGCACUUUGUACCUUCGGGUCCUGGAUACGAGGGUGUUAGCAUCCAAAAUCAAGUGUGUACUACUGUCGGCUCCGUCCCUGGCCAGACGUUCGUCGACGGAGAUGCAUUCGCUGCUGCGUCGUACGACUAUCACUACAAGAACUUGUGGAUGAACUUCGGCAUUGUCAUUGCUUUCUGGAUUGCCUUUGUUUCCUGGUUCCUGGCUGGUACUGAGCGCGCAGGACAUACCUCUGGAGGGGUCACCCAAUUAGUCUUCAAACAAAACGCCAAGAUCCCGUCCCUCGACUCGCCUACAUCCAGAAGUGAUACCGAAAAGGGAUCAAUCUCUCCCGAUGCUAUCGCUGAAAAGAAGCAAGCCGAGGCUCAUGCCGCUCAGAACAAGCUCGUCAAGGCCAACGCCGUGUUUUCGUGGAAUCACCUCAACUACGACAUUGAUAUUGGUGGUGGCAAGAAGAGGCGUCUGUUGGAUGAUGUUUCCGGCUUUGUUGCUCCCGGCAAGAUGACUGCGCUUAUGGGCGAAAGUGGUGCUGGCAAGACUACUCUAUUGAAUGCGUUGGCGGAGCGAGUUAGCAUGGGUGUGAUCACUGGCGACCGGUUUGUCAACGGCAACCCACUACCGAAGGACUUUGCGGCUCAAACCGGCUAUGUCCAACAAAUGGAUAUUCACUUGGAAAGUACGACCGUCAGGGAAGCUCUGAUGUUCUCGGCUCAGUUGAGGCAACCUGCAAGCAUUCCUAUGGAAGAAAAGAGCGCUUACGUCGAAGAGGUUAUCAAGAUGUGUGCCAUGGAGUCGUAUGCAGAUGCUAUAGUCGGUAUCGUCGGCGAAGGUCUGAAUGUCGAGCAACGCAAGCGGUUGACUAUCGGUGUCGAGCUGGCGGCUAAGCCGCAACUGCUCCUUUUCCUUGACGAGCCUACCUCCGGUCUUGACUCCCAAUCCGCAUGGGCCAUCAUCGAGUUUUUGAGAUCCUUGGCUGAACAAGGACAGGCCAUCUUAUGCACCAUCCAUCAACCAUCCUCGGAGCUUUUCCAGUCCUUCGAUCGUCUCCUCCUCUUGCGCAAAGGCGGCCAGACCUGCUACUUUGGUGACUUGGGCGAGAAUUCUUCAACCUUGAUCUCUUACUUUGAACGCAACGGAGCUCGUAAAUGCCAGUCUGACGAGAACCCUGCGGAAUAUAUGCUCGAUGUCAUUGGCGCUGGGGCAACUGCUACAAGUGAUAUCGAUUGGCAUGCGACCUGGAAGGCAGCUCCCGAGUCAUCCGCUCUCGAACAAGAGCUAACAAAGAUGCACUCUCAAGGGCGAAGCAAUACCGAGGCCUCCAGUAACGAGCAACCUGAGUAUGCAACUGGCUAUAUGAACCAGCUCUCAGCUCUCUUGGUCCGAGCUUUCCGCCACUACUCCCGCAACCCAAUCUACAUCAUGAGCAAGAUUGUCUUGAACGUCGCGUCAGGUCUCUUCAUCGGCUUCACUUUCUUCAAGGCCAACGACUCGAUUCAGGGAUCUCAGAACAAACUUUUCGCUAUGUUCAUGUCUACCAUCCCCGCCGCAUCUCUUAGCAAUCAGCUCCAGGUUCAGUUCAUCAACUUUAGGAAUAUCUAUGAGAACCGCGAGAAACAGAGCAAGAUGUACUCCUGGGCUCCUAUGGUUACUACCAGCAUUUUGGUAGAGCUCCCUUACAAUAUUCUUGGUUCUUCGCUUUAUUUCUUGUGCUGGUAUUGGACUGUUGGGUAUUCUAGUGUGGCCGAUCGCGCCGGAUAUACAUUCAUGCUUCUCUGCAUCGCAUUUCCGCUCUACUAUACCACGUUCUCGCAAGCAGUCGCUGCAAUGGCUCCCAAUGUUAUGAUUGGUGGUCUCCUCUUCAGCUUCUUCUUCUCCUUCACUAUGAACUUCAACGGCGUGCUCCAACCCUACUCACAGCUCAUUCCCUUCUGGAAGUGGAUGUACCGUCUGUCUCCUCUUACCUACCUUAUUGAGGGGUUGCUUGUCAACGGCAUCGGAAAGAUGGACCUCACUUGUUCGCCUACUGAGAUUCAGACCAUCGUUCCUCCUUCGGGCCAGACCUGUUCGUCAUACAUGAACCAAUACAUCACCGCGGCCGGAGGCUAUCUUGUGAACCCUGAUGCCUCGUCGGAUUGCCAGUUCUGCCCACAGAGCACCACUGAUACUUAUCUUGCUUCGCUGAACAUGUCGUACUCCCAUCGCUGGAGAAAUGUUGGUAUUAUGAUUGCAUUUGCUGCCUUCAAUGUCUUCCUGGUGUUCAUUUUCACAUGGUUCUUCCGUGUCCACCGUGGUAAUCCAUUCUCGCGUAGAAAGUAG